CGAUCAGUGAUGUUCAGUGAUAUAUCCAUAGACUUCUCUCCGGAAGAGUGGGAAUACCUGGACUUGGAACAGAAGGAUUUGUACAGAGAUGUGAUGUUAGAGAACUACAGCAACUUGGUCUCACUGGGAUGCUUCAUUUCUAAACCAGAUGUGAUUUCCUUAUUGGAGCAAGGAAAAGAGCCUUGGAAAGUUGUGAGGAAAAGAAGAGGACAAUGUCCAGAUUUGCAGACCAAGUAUGAGGCCAAGAAGUUGUCUUUAGAAAAUGACAUUUAUGAAAUAAAUUUAUCCCAGUGGAAGAUAAUGGAAAGAAUUAAAAACCAUGGCCUUAAGGGUCUCAUUUUAAAAAAUGAUUGGGAAUCCAAAGAAAAAAUUGAAAGACAAGAGAGACCUCUAGAAAGAUACUUCAGUAAUGUGAAAAUGCCAUCUGAAAAAGUAUCCUGUUACCAAAAACGCACGUCUGCUACUGCACAUCAGAGACUUCAUUUUGUCGAUAAACCCUAUGAAUGUAAGGAAUGUGGGAAGGCGUUCAGAGUGCGCCAACAGCUUACUUUUCAUCACAGAAUUCAUACUGGUGAAAAACCCUAUGAAUGUAAGGAAUGUGGGAUGGCCUUCAGACAGACUGCACACCUUACUCGACAUAAGAGACUUCAUUCUGGUGAAAAACUCUACCAAUGUAAGGAAUGUGAGGAAGCUUUCAUAUGUGGUGCCGAUCUUAGAGUACAUCAGAAAAUGCAUAUUGGUGAGAAGCCCUAUGAAUGUAAAGAAUGUGGGAAGGCUUUUAGGGUACGAGGACAACUUACUCUGCAUCAGAGGAUUCAUACUGGUGAGAAACCCUAUGUCUGUACAGAGUGUGGGAAGGCCUUUAGACAGUAUGCACACCUGACUCGGCAUCAGAAGCUUAAUAGUGCUGACAGGUUCUAUGAAUGCAAAGAAUGUGGGAAAGCCUUUUUGUGUGGCUCUGGUCUUAGAGUACAUCACAAACUUCAUACUGGUGAGAAACCCUAUGAAUGUAAGGAAUGCGGGAAGGCCUUUAGAGUGCGACAACAACUAACACUCCAUCAGAGAAUUCAUACUGGGGAGAAACCCUAUGAAUGUAAGGAAUGUGGAAAGACCUUUAGUCGUGGUUAUCAUCUUAUUCUCCAUCACAGAAUUCAUACUGGUGAAAAACCUUAUGAAUGUAAGGAAUGCUGGAAGGCCUUUAGUCGUUACUCACAACUUAUUUCACAUCAGAGUAUUCAUAUUGGUGUUAAGCCCUAUGACUGUAAGGAAUGCGGGAAGGCCUUUAGACUACUUUCACAACUCACACAGCAUCAGAGUAUUCAUAUUGGUGAGAAACCCUAUAAAUGUAAGGAAUGUGGGAAGGCCUUUAGAUUGCGCCAAAAGCUUACUCUACAUCAGAGCAUUCAUACUGGCGAAAAACCCUUUGAGUGUAAGGAAUGUAGGAAGGCCUUUAGACUUAAUUCAUCCCUUAUUCAGCAUCUGAGAAUUCAUUCUGGUGAGAAACCCUAUGAAUGUAAGGAAUGUAAGAAGGCCUUUAGGCAACAUUCACACCUUACCCAUCAUCUGAAAAUUCAUAAUGUAAAAAUAUAAGAAAGUGUUUUCAACUUCUGUGUUACAGAACAUUCUAUGAAUGUAGUAAUUAAUCUCUUUUGAUCCCUACAUGCAACUGAUUUGGCAUAAGAGGUUUUAUACUAUUAGAAGAGUAUGAUAAUGUAAUAUAUUCCAUCAUCAUUCAAACCUGAAACUUCAGCACAUUUGUUCUAAAAAGUAAUCCUGUUAUAAGAAAUGUGAGAAAGACACCGUCAUCCCUAUCCCAUCACUUUGUGUCGUCCUGGACAAGAUGCUUAACUGCUCUGUGCUAUAAUUUUUUUAAUUUAUGAAAUGGUCAUAUAAGAGUGCAGCAAUUUGAUACUCUUCUGAUCAAGAGGUGAAUUUAUAUCCCCUCUGUUGUAUAUAGGCAGACUGUGACUGCUUUGCCCUGUAGAAUAUGGUAGAUGUAGUGCUGUGCUGGUUUCUUGACUCAGACUUUACCAUACUAAUAGAGUUACUUCAUCUCAUGAAAUGAGAGAAAUGUCAUGUCCCAAAGUCUGGCCACCUUCCUGAAGAGACCACAUGGAGAAGCCCUGACACUACGUAGUGAGGGAGAGGCAUCCUGCUGAACCCUGUUUUCUUGACAUCCACCAAGACACCAGAGAUUGGAGUAAAAUUUUGGAUGCACCAGACCAGCUACCAGCUAAAUGCCACUGAGUGACUUGGUGACCUCAACUGAUGCCAUGUAGAAUGGAAGAACUGACUGACCAGCUGAGCCCCUGCCCAAAUUUCUGACCCACAGAAACAUGAGAUAUGAUAAAAUGGUUUUUGUUUUAAGCCAC